AUGGCGUCCUCCCUGUUAGAGGAGGAAGCACACUAUGGCUCCAGCCCGCUGGCAAUGCUGACUGCAGCCUGCAGCAAGUUUGGCAGCUCCAGCCCUCUCCCAGACUCAGCUACUGCAGGCAAAGCAGGUGCAAAGAAGCCGUACCCUCUGGGCAGCGAACUCUCUGCCCCUAAAGCCAUGGGUGAUGCCUACCCAGCUCCAUUUGCAGGCACCAAUGGCCUCCUUUCCUCUACAGCCAGCCCUCCAGCUCCAGCUUCAGGUUAUAGCAAUGACUAUACCCCCUUCUCCCACUCUUUCCCUGGACCCACAAGCACUCAGGACCCUGGGCUACUGGUGCCCAAGGGACAUGGCUCUCCUGACUGCCUGCCCAGUGUCUACACUUCCUUGGACAUGACACACCCCUAUGGCUCAUGGUAUAAGGCAGGAAUUCAUGCAGGCAUCUCCCCUGGCCCUGGCAACACGCCUUCCCCAUGGUGGGACAUGCACCCAGGGGGCAACUGGCUAGGUGGUGGGCAAAGUCAGAGUGAUGGGUUGCAAGGGACACUGUCCACUGGCCCAACUCAAACUCCACUCAACCCCCAGCUACCCACCUACCCUUCUGAAUUUGCUCCACUCAACCCUGCCCCCUACCCAGCUCCCCACCUUCUCCCUCCUGGGCCCCAGCAUGUCCUGCCCCAGGAUGUCUACAAACCUAAGGCUGUAGGCAAUGGGGGGCAGUUAGAGGGAGGUGGUGGGAACAAACCUCCUCGGGGUGCAGGCACAGGAAGUAGUGGUGCCUACGGGGGUGGAGGGGGUGGCCGUUCCACCUGUGAUUGCCCUAACUGCCAAGAGCUAGAGCGAUUGGGGGCAGCGGCUGCUGGGCUGAGGAAGAAACCCAUCCAUAGCUGCCACAUUCCUGGCUGCGGCAAAGUUUAUGGGAAAGCUUCGCACCUGAAGGCCCACCUUCGCUGGCACACUGGGGAGAGGCCCUUCGUCUGCAACUGGCUUUUUUGUGGCAAGAGGUUCACCCGCUCAGACGAGUUGGAACGGCAUGUCCGCACUCACACCCGAGAGAAGAAAUUCACCUGCCUGCUUUGCUCAAAGAGAUUCACCCGAAGCGAUCACCUGAGCAAGCACCAGCGCACUCACGGCGAGCCUGGCCCUGGGCCCCCUUCUUCUGGCCCCAAGGAACUGGGGGAGGUUCGGGGAGCAGAGGACGAGGGCAGCCAAGCCCCCAGGCCAACAACCUCACCCAUUCCAGCUGAGAAAGCCCCAGGAGGCAGCCCAGAGCAGAGCAGCCUACUGGAGAUCUGA